CUUUCUUCCAAUAGACUCUCUGUUCGUCCUAACGCUGUCAAAUAUCGCGGUAGCCGCUUCCCUAAUCACUACGUAAUGUGCCGUGCUGCUUCUAGCGGCGCUGGUGACAGUGCUGAAAGCUGUUGGGUAUGAAGUGAAACGGAACUGAAUUUUUGUACCAUCCGCAACUGCUUCAAGUUCAGAUCACAACAAAGAAACUGAAGACAAACCUUCCAAAAACAAGCAAAGUUGCAACACUGAAGACACGUGGAAAACAAAUAAAGGAUCACUUCAAGGUUUUAAAAACGCAAGAAGUAACCAAAUCCUUAAACGACCAAAGAAGACGCACAUCAGCCCAAUUGAAACACAGAAGAGAAGCAAUCCAACGCCCAAGCUUAUUCUGAGAAGACAACUGAUCUGAAACCAGAAGUUUGUGCCUACUCAACAGCUUUGACAAAGCACACGUCCCAACGCUGCUCCUAGCCCUCCUCAUCCUCACCACACCACCGACUCACCUCCGGGGUGUGGAGUGGGCUGCUAUCUGCUAGUUUUUUUUUUUUUCCCCAUAGAUCCCCCUGUUUUUCCCCCUCUACUUCUCCCACUGUGUUCAUUAUAUAUUUUUUUCUAAGCAGUGUUAUUACACCUGCCUUUUGCCUUUUUUGUGCUAGAUUUCUCCCCCUUUUUUGCUUUAAGCAACCAUCCAGAACUUGUGCCAGAAACCUGUAACAAGUGUGUGUGUGUUCAACUGUGUGCGUGAAGAGAUCUGCAGGAACUUAGAAGAUUCAAGGACAACAAAUAAAGACAUCCAGCGGUGUAUCAUUUGGGUGGUUACAUAAGAAUUAGAUCUUAAAAAGCCAAGCCAGAAAAAAAGAAAAAAAAAAAAUCAAACAAGUAAUCAAGUUCAGCAAGUGCUCAAGCAAGUUUGGUCCGAGUUUAUGGGAAAAUAUGGGCAGCCCCUGGAAAGGCUUUGUUGAGUUUACCUUGCCUGCGUCGCCACCCACCGCGUUUGUUAGCGCUGACCUGAGCAGCACCUCCCCUGUCGGACUCAGCCUGUCGCCAUAUGGCCGAUCCCAUAUCCAAGUCCUAACCCCAGUGUCAGAAAUGGAACGAGGCUCCUCCGAACCUCCACUGGCCCGCAAAACUGGCCCUGCCCCCUCUACCUCUACCUCUACCGGCCCUGUGCCUAUCCCCCGCUCCUCUUCCGUCUCGUGUCACCCCCACCCAGGAAGUAAAAAACACAAGCGGACUCCCCUGUAUCAGAGAUCAAUGAGUUUUGACCCUGGUAUGCUCCAUAACAAUGGACACACUGCAUAUGCCAAUGGCACAGGGCCUGGCAUUAGAGAGACUGGUGUGGUUGAGAAGCUGCUGACCUCCUACGGGUUCAUCCAGUGCUCAGAACGUCAGGCCCGCCUCUUCUUCCACUGUUCCCAGUACAAUGGCAACCUGCAGGAGCUAAAAAUAGGAGAUGAUGUAGAGUUUGAGGUUUCCUCUGACAGGCGCACUGGCAAGCCCAUAGCAGUGAAGCUGCUUAAGAUAAAGCCAGAGGUGCUGCCAGAGGAGCGGAUCUCGGGCCAGGUGGGGCCAGACCUGCACGCCUAUCCCUUUACUGUGCUGCAUGGUUAUAUUCAUCCAGUUGUUUCUGCAAUCCCAGUGCAUUUGGAUGGAAAGUCUGCUCCUGGCCAGGUUCCCACUGGCAGCGUUUGUUAUGAAAGAAAUGGGGAAGUAUUCUAUCUCACCUACACUCCUGAUGAUGUGGAGGGAAACAUCCACCUAGACACAGGCGACAAAGUCAGCUUUUACAUGGAGACCAACAAGCAUACUGGUGCAGUCAGUGCCCGCAACAUUCAGCUUGUGAAGAAAAAGCAAAUGAGAUGCCAGGGUGUGGUGUGUGCUACAAAGGAGGCGUUUGGAUUCAUUGAGAGGGCUGAUGUGGUGAAGGAGAUCUUCUUUCAUUACAGUGAGUUUAAAGGUGAUCUGGAGGCUCUGCAGGCUGGAGAUGAUGUGGAAUUCACCAUUAAAGACAGAAAUGGUAAAGAAGUGGCCACAGAUGUGAGACUGCUCCCUCAGGGCACAGUCAUCUUUGAGGAUAUCAGCAUUGAGCAGUUUGAAGGCACUGUCACCAAGGUCAUACCCAAGGUUCCCACCAAAAACCAGAAUGACCCUCUUCCAGGCCGUAUCAGUGCUCGGAUUGGUUUCACUGACAAGGAGCUGCCAUUUGGUGAGAAGGACACAAAGUCCAAGGUGACUCUGCUGGAGGGAGACCACAUUCAGUUCAACAUCUCUACUGACCGCAGAGACAAGCUGGAGAGGGCCACAAACAUCGACAUCUUCCCAGACACCUUUAACUUCACCAAGGAGACAAGAGAGAUGGGGGUGAUUGCAGCAAUACGUGAUGGUUUUGGCUUCAUCAAGUGUGUGGAUCGAGAUGCCAGGAUGUUCUUUCACUUCAGUGAAGUUCUAGAGGAGAGUCAACUGCACAUCUCUGAUGAAGUGGAGUUCACUGUUGUGCCUGUAGGUCCUCUUUAUAAGCUUUUCACCAAAGAUAUGCUGUCAGCUCAGAGGAACCACGCAGUGCGGAUUAAGAAGCUGCCCAAAGGCACAGUGUCCUUUCAUACUCAGUCUGAGCAGCGCUUUGUGGGCGUGAUAGAAAAGGAGUUUGUUGGAGCCUCCAACAAGAAUGCCAGUCCCACCAAGGGCAAGGAAAAGAAAAAAGACAAGGGUAAAGUUGUAGAAAAGGAAACUGAGGAAGGAACGAUUGCAUAUGAAGACUGUGGAGUGAAGCUCACUGUGCCAUUUCAUGCCAAGGACUUGGAGGGAGGAAUUCAGCCAACGGCUGGAGAUAAGGUCGAGUUUUCAAUCAAUGAAGUUAAGCGAACUGGCCAGCAGAGUGCAGUCUCCAUCCGCGUCCUCAAUAGAAACUCUUCCAACUCUAAGAGGCUGCAUGGAUUUGUUGCCACACUGAAGGACAACUUUGGCUUCAUUGAGACGGCAAAUCAUGACCAAGAGAUCUUCUUCCACUACAGUGAGGUUUGUGGAGAUUUGGAGAGCUUGGAGCUGGGCGACACUGUGGAGUACACUCUCUCAAAGGGGAAGGGUAACAAAGUCAGCGCUGAGAAGGUUACCAAAGUGGCCGCAGUGAAUGGCAUUGGUGACGAUGUUGGGGCGACUGUUAUGAUAGGGAAAGUCAUCCGUCCCAUACGCAGUGUGGAUCCUUCACAGACUGAAUACCAAGGGCUCAUUGAAGUCAUAGAGGAAGGUGGGAGUAAUGGUCAGAAGUAUCCUUUUGGCAUUAUGGGGAUGGCAAACAAGGCUGACUGUCUGCAGAAAGGUGAACUUGUAAAGUUCCAGGUGUGCACAGUAACCCAAACUGGACAGAAGAUGGCGUGUAAUGUGAUUCCUCAACGUAGAGCCGUGGUUGAGUGUGUCAAAGACCAGUUUGGUUUCAUCACAUAUGAAGUUGGUGAAAGCAAGAAGCUGUUCUUCCAUGUUAAAGAAGUGCAAGAUGGCCUGGAGCUCCAGACCGGGGAUGAGGUGGAGUUCACAGUUGUCCUCAAUCAACGCACAGGAAAAUGUAGUGCCUGCAACGUGCGCCGAGUCAGCGAGGGUCCUAAACCUGUGGUGACGCCGCGUCCUGAUCGUCUGGUGAACAGACUGAAGAGCAUCACUCUUGAUGACGCCAGUGCUCCUCGCCUGGUCAUCGUGAGACAGCCCCGUGGUCCCGACAAUUCAAAGGGCUUUAAUGUGGAGCGUAAGACCCGUCAGCCUGGUGUAAUCGACUGAGCAAUACAGAGCCCGCCCUGUUUUGGUGUUGGAUGCUGUCCUGAGGGCAACAGCAGGGUUUAAGGGAAUAUGAUUUAACACAUGCUUGUACACAAACUCAUAAAGAAAACAUACGCACACAUAAAGUAAUCGGCAUGUGUAAUCUUUGUCCCCAUUGAUACCUGCGCGGGAACGUUCUCAUUCCACAGUUCCCUGCCUCCCAUGUAUGCUGUGUACGUGGGAUCUCUGAGUGUGUGCGUGCAAUGUAUCCUAAAGUCAUUAUCGUGUGUUAAUGGAGGUAUUUGUUUCUGAGGGUCCUGGCCCUCUAAAUCAGAGUGAUGACUGCGUGGCUGUCUUCGUCCCGAUCUUUUUGAAUCUGCUUUGUCUGGAAUUCUGCACCUGUAAUCUGUCCCGUAUGAGUGCGACUGUAGGCAUGUCUUUAAGCGUCUGCUCCAUUUUCUCUCAUAUUUUUGCUUACCCUCAAGGGAAACUUGAAAUGGUUUCAUUGUAAAGUUUCCGCUACUGUAUGCUUUCCUAUAAGACGCAUAAAGCGAAGUUCCCUCCAUAAGGAGGAUCAUAUUUCUCAUAUGUGCGAGCUUAAACUGAGGAUUCUUCUCUGCUCGGUUUUUUGAGCAGUUUUUAAAAUGCUUUAUUGAAGAGCUGAAGUGAAAGCAUGGUGUGAGUGUGUGAUGUAUGUGAAUGUCAAACUAGUUAAUCUAAUGGGAUUUUCUUUUACCAAUCUGGAGCCUUUAGAUACCUUUUUGGUAUUCACAUGCUCCACUUAAGCAAUUUUUCCCAGGUGCAGAAUUCCUCGUGGCAUCUUAUAUCUGCAGUUCUUUUAUACUAUGUUUUUUUCUUGCACAUAUUUUUGCUUUUUUUCAUUGAAACUCAAUCUGCUAAUACUGAAUAAAGUAAGAAUAAUAAGGUGCCUAAAAACUACAAGCAAAAGGAAAUGAAAAAAGACAAACAAAAAAAUUAGAUGUAUCCUCUGUUCCCAGCCAACCGCCAAAAUACUCAGAACAAUCUUAGGGUGGCUUUCUUUUCUAGUAGAAAUAAUACUGAUAUGCAUCCCAAACCUGUGGGUUGAACUAUACUGUAUGUAAUGUGUGCUUUUUUUUCUUAGUGAAAGUUCAAACUUGAGAUAUAACGAAACAAAUUUAACUUAAAGGAGAGAGGUAAAGUAAUAGAAAUCCAGUAAAAAAAAAAACAAAACAAAAAAAAAAUCAAGAAUCAGGUUCUCGGUUAUCGUGCUCUGGAGACUCGGUGGGUAUGCUGUUGUGCCUCUGCACAUUUACAGUCAAAUUUAUUUCAACUUUGGAGAUCACUGGGUUUCAGUUAAACCACGUACAGAGGUUCUCAUGUACUUUUGUUAAUGGUCUUGAAUGAAACAAAUUAAAGUUUUAUGAAAAUCA